AUGGGGGAUGUGAAAUGGGUGGUAGUGGCUGCAGGAUUUGGUGCCGUGCCAUGCCGUGGUGGGUGGGCGUCUCCAGUGCAUACGGGAGAUCGCCGACAGUGGGUAAGGUCUGAAAAAUUUCCCAGAUCUGGAUUGGAGGAAGGCGGUGUUGGAUCAUUGGGUGGAGGAGGUAAAGAUGCAGUUGAUGGAAUGACUCGAGGGGGAGGUGGGGAUGCCACCAGAGGUGUAGGGGAUGCUUGCGCAGGAGAACCUCCUAGUGGUGGUGGAGGAGAAGAUAAAAUUGGAGGGGGUGAUGCUGGCGGAAGGGCAGAUGGUGGGGGUGAUGCUGGUGGCGAUGGCGGUGGUGAAGUUGAUGGUGGGGGUGAGGUUGGAGGUGGUGUUAAUACCGGUGGGGGUGAAGCUGGCGGGGAUGGAGGAGGAGCAGUAGGGAUUGCCGGUGGAGGAGACUGA